AUGGAUACGUGGCUUAUCACACUUCUAUUGUUUGUCGGCAGUAUCAGUUUGUUUUAUUUGUUUUUAAUAUGGAAUUAUGGCGGUUGGAAGAGACGAGGUGUACCAGAAGCUAAAUCGUAUCCCGGCAUUGGGUCAUUACCCUCGUUGUUUACACAAAAACGUAAUUUUCUAUACGAUUUAGAUGAGAUUUACCGAAAAUAUCGAGAUACAAAUAAAUUUGUGGGUGCCUAUAGUGGACGUGCCCCAAUGCUGCUCAUUCUAGAUCCUGAAUUGGUACAUCGCAUUCAUGUCAAUGAUUUCAAAUCGUUUCAUGACAAUGAAUUUGGUGAUUAUAUUGAUGAAAAAUCCGAUAUAAUUGCAUUUAAUAAUCCAUUUUUCCUGCGUGGUGAGUCAUGGAAAGAGAGACGCGCUGAUUUGGUACCCGGUAUGUCACCAAUUGGGAUAAAAAGUAUUUAUCCCGUGACAUUGGAAAAGUGUAAACGUUUGUCGCACUUCAUUAGGGAUCAAAUGAAGACGAAAGCCAAGGAAGGAGGUUUGGAUGCACAUGAUCUCUGCCUUCGCUUUACCACCGAAGUGGUUAGCGAUUGUGUUUUGGGUGUUAAUGUGGGAACUAUAAAUGACCAACCCUCAACCCUAUUGGAUAUGAUCAAGAACCUAUUUACAUUAACACCAUCGCAGAUCAUCUAUCAACUGACUAUUGCAUUUCUACCGAGUCUAAAGAAAUAUUUAAAAGCUACGUUCUUCUCUAGGGCCAGUACAAAAUAUUUUUUCGAUCUUAUGGCUGAUUCUAUUCGACUGCGACGACAGGAACAAAGUAAUAAAAAUCGUGCAGAUUUUUUGAACUUUCUAUUGCAGCUACAGGAAAAGAAGAAAUUAUCGAAUACAAUUUUAACUGCAAAUGCCAUGACAUUUUUGACCGAUGGAUUUUUGACAACUGCCCAUAGCAUAAGUAAUUGUUUGUUGGGGCUGGCCAGAUAUCCCGAGUCUCAAGAGAAGUUACGUGCCGAAAUUAUGGAAAAUAUCAAUGAGGAGGGAAUUGUCAGCUAUGAUAAACUGACGGAAAUGCCCUAUUUAGAUGCAUGUUUUAAUGAGGCCCUGCGUUUAUUCCCUCCUGUCGCCAUGAAUUCCAAGCUAUGCACUCAACCAUAUGAAUUUGUAAAUAAUGAUGGCCAAGUUUUGCAUAUGAAGCCAGGUGAGGCCGCCACAAUUUGCUACUACAGCAUACAUCAUGAUGAACGGUAUUAUGAAGAUCCGGAGGAGUAUAAACCUGAACGGUUUUUACCCGAAAAUGGUGGUGUCAAGAAAUAUCGUGAAGAGGGUAAAUAUAUGGGUUUUGGCGAUGGACCACGUAUUUGUAUGGGCAUGCGCUUCGGUUCAACUCAGGCGAAAGCUGCCAUCGUUGAAAUCGUUAGAAAUUUCUAUGUGAAAUCUAAUCCCAAGACACGCAGUGACAAUUUGUUGGAUAAAAAGGAAUUCAUACCAGCCUUGGAUGGUGGAGUUUGGCUGGAUUUUGAACCGAUCAAUGGAUAA